UAGUGUCAAUAUAAACAACAGUGAUUAGAUGCGUUACUAGGACAGUGGGAUUACGAUAUGCGAGUUGUGGUAAUUAAAAAGUAAAAUAGUACAAACUCGGUUUAUCAGUGAAAAAAUGGGUAAACGAAAAGCCACAGAAAUAGAUAACCAAAACAGUGAUAUCUGCGAUUUACUGAUGGAGCUUGCAGAUUAUGAGAAAAAUGUCAGUCGAAAUAUUCACAAAUAUAAUGCUUAUCGGAAAGCAGCAGGUGUUAUUGGCCAGCAUCCUACUCCAAUUAGUAAUGGAACAGAAGCAAAGAAGCUGAGUGGUGUUGGAGAAAAGAUAGCCAAAAAAAUUGAUGAGUUUAUUGAAACAGGAAGGCUUGGAAAACUUGAAAAGAUUCGAGCCAGUGAUGAAAAUAAAGCAAUUCAACUACUGACAAGAGUUUCUGGAAUUGGUCCUGCAGCAGCUAAGAAACUUGUAGAUGAAGGCAUUAAUACCAUAGAAGAUCUGAAGAAGCACCAGGAGAAACUAAAUCAUCAUCAGAAGAUUGGACUAAAAUACUUUGAAGACUUUGAAAAGAGAAUUCCUAGGGAAGAGAUAGAAAAACUUGAGAAAUUCAUCCUUGAAGAAUGUAAGAAAUUGGACUCAGAUUAUAUAGCUGUAGUUUGUGGGAGUUACAGAAGAGGAGCAAAAGACUCGGGAGACAUUGAUGUUUUGAUCACUCAUAAAAAGUACACAUCAAAAGAAAAGAAAAAUAAGGAUGGAUUCCUGAAAAGAGUUGUCGAAAGACUCGAGAAAAUAGAUCUAAUCACAGACACAAUUUCAUUUGGUGACACAAAAUUCAUGGGUGUAUGUCAUCAGAAGACAGGGAAAAACAGUAAAUCAGUCCUACACAGAAGACUUGACAUCAGACUUAUUCCACAUGACCAAUUCUUCACUGGAGUCUUGUACUUCACGGGAAGUGACACAUUUAAUAAAAUGAUGAGAACGCAUGCUCUGGAGAAAGGAUUUACACUGAAUGAAUAUACGCUACGGCCUUUGGGAAGCACCAGAGUUGCAGGAGAAGCACUUCCCAUUACUAGUGAAAGGGACAUCUUUGAGUACAUUGACUAUCCCUACAAAGCUCCUGAGGAAAGAAACUUAUGAAUAUUUAGCAUUAAGAUGUCAUCAUAAAUUAAAUUUAUUGUGUACACAGUGUUUGCCUUUUCAAGUAGGAGAGUAAUCUCAAAAUCUUAUUUUACAUUUUUAACUUUUCAUCCAAAGCUGAAGUCUUUAAUUAAAUUGUGUGUCAUAUAGUUCAUUGAUAGUUAUGCCAAACACUAUUUUGUGAUCAGAAACCUCAAAAUAAAAUUCUGUACUUUUGUGUUGCUGUUUCGUAUAUAUUCUUUUGUGGAAAGAAAAGUAGCUGUAUUAAUGUACAGAACUUCAUUUUCAAAUUGUAUGAACUAGAUUUCCACAAUAUUUUAUGUGAAAGAUGAUAAAGGAACCAACUCUGAUGUCAUUGAGUUAUUGGUACACAACCAAACUGUGUGUGUGUGUGUGUGUGUGUGUGUGUGUGUCUAUAGCAGGAAUAUUGUUCACAGUAUAAAAAAAAAAACAUACGGUUGUCAUACAAUUCACAAGAAUAUUUUCUAGCACAUUUAUGGAAGCUUGAACUCUUUCUUUGCAUACAGAUUUACCUAUGUUCAUGUGAUUUAAACAAUUAACAAGAGGAUUUUCUUAAGAGCAUUCUAUGGAACUUUUCUGCUAUUUCCUUGAUUUCAAGAUAAAUAUUUCAGGCUCCAUCUCCCUCCCUUUUGCAACUAAUCUAAUUUCCAAAGAUCAGUUUGUAUCAAAUCUUUCAAAAGUCUACAACAUAUCCUGGUAAGAGCUAAAUAACCUGAUAAUCUCAACAAAUGAAAACAUAGAUAUAGUUUAUAGCAUUCCUGCAAUGGUGAUGAAACACUACAGAUAGAGGAAGAAGUACCAAUCGGAGAUCAGUAAAACGUGCAGAUGCAAUACCCGAAAUAAUUUGUCAUAGAACAUUAUUACAACAUGACUUAUUUGAAUGGGAGUAGUACAUGAUUUUUAGAUACUACACAACACUGGGAACUUAAAAAAAAAAA